AUGCGUGCCUCUCUCGCCGCUGUCGCUCUUUUCCCUGCUUAUGUCUUGGCAACAAUCUCAAUCACCGCUCCUUCCUCCUCCGAGUUCUGGGUCUUCAACACUUCAAACCCAAUUAAUUGGACCAGUACUGGGGGAGACCCGACCUCAUUCAAUAUCGACAUCAUCAACCUAGACAAUACCACUCUCAACGGUGCUUUCAGCAUCGCUAGCGGUGUUGCUAACAACUUGUCCUUCGAAGUCACCAACGUCACCCUCGUUCCUGGAGACAAUUACAUCUGCCAGUUCGUCAACAGCUCGAACAUUACCCAGGUUUUCGUCAAUAGUUCCACCUUUUCUGUGAAGCCCGCAGGCACUACCCCGGCUCCGCCUGUCUCUAGCAGCGCCGCUAGCAGCAGUGGUAGCUCCGGUUCUGCUUCGUCCGGUGCAUCGGGUUCUUCGACGGCUUCCGGAUCUGCCACUAGUGCCUCAUCUACUAGCAACGGUGCUUCCAGCCUGCUCACCACUAAAUCUGCUGUCGUUGCUGCUGGUGCUAUGGCUUUCGUAGCCCUUGUGAUUUGA